AUGCACGGCUUCUGCGAUAGCUCGGAAAAGGCGUAUGCAGCUGUGGUCUAUUUUCGCAUAAUUACUUAUGAUGAUAACGUUCAGACGUAUUUGCUAUGUUCUAAGAGUAGAGUAGCUCCUCUUAAGACAAUCUCGAUUCCAAGGCUAGAGUUGUGCUCGGCUGUCUUAUUGGCAGAUUUAAUGUCAUCCGUGAAAAAAGCGCUUGCUGAUUCUAUAAAUAUUUCGUCAUUGUUUGCAUGGACUGAUUCCACCGUAGCUUUAAGCUGGAUAAAGUCUUCUCCCCAUAAAUGGACUACUUUUGUAAGUAACCGCGUAUCGUAUAUUCAGGAAAAAUUAUCUGCGGAUUGCUGGGCUCAUGUUAGGUCGGAAAAUAAUCCUGCUGACUGUGCAACCAGAGGUCUUCUUCCCUCCGAGUUACUUCACUUCGAAAAAUGGUGGGCCGGACCCGGUUUUCUAACAUCCUGUCUCACUAAAUGGGUUAACGAUUCUUACACGUCUGACGAUAAUAUGGACCUUGAAAAAAGGAAGAUUGUAUUAUUAGCCUCAACUCCAGUGGUUGACUUAUGGAAUAAUUUUAUCUCAAGAUUCUCCUCUUUAUCCAAAAUUAUUCAUGUUUUUGCAUAUGUUUUACGCUUUUGUGCAUAUGUAAAAGCUCCAAAACUCUUUAACAAUAAAGGUCAUGUAACAUUGGCAGAAUUGGAUAGAGCUCUCUUACUUUUAAUCCGAGAAGUUCAGAAAGUUUCAUUUGCUCAAGAAAUGGCAGAACUUUCGAAAUCCAAUCCUAAUCUAAGAGUAUUACCGAAAUAUAUUCGAAAGCUAUCUCCCUUUUUAGAUAAGGAUGGUGUCCUCAGGGUGGGCGGACGAUUGAAACACGCUUCACUUUCUUAUAAUCAUAAACACCCCUGUCUAUUGCCCAGUGAUCAUCGAAUUACCUCUCUCACCAUUGAACAAACUCACAUUAAAUAUAUGCACCCUGGUUUACAAACUACCCAAGUCCUACUCAGUCAACGCUUUUGGAUUCCUUCUUCAAGAAGAAUUAUUAAAAAGGUUUUGUCUUCCUGCAUGCGUUGCUUUAGGUGUAACCCUUCAUCACAAAUUCCUCUUAUGGGUGAUUUACCAUCCUUCAGAGUAAAUCAACUAAAAUGUUUCACCAAAAGUGGUGUGGAUUUUGGAGGGCCAUACUUAAUCACUAUGGGCAAGCAUCGUGGCAGCAAAACUUGUAAGGCUUAUAUUUGCCUUUUUGUCUGCUUGUGCACAAAGGCUCUUCACCUGGAACUGGUUACAGAGCUAUCAAGCGAUGCCUUUCUGGCCGCAUUAAGGCGCUUUGUUUCUCGCCGAGGUCGUGUCACAGACAUGUUUAGCGAUUGUGGGACGAAUUUUGUGGGUGCGUCAAAAAAAUUUGAUGCAAAAUAUGCGUAA